CUGCGAGCGUGUACUGCAUCAGUCCGUGGUGUCACUGUUGGUCAUGCGUCCGUACAUCAAUGGUGACUGAGUGUUUGCGACUCUUUGGGAUUCGGAGAGACCCAAAUUGAUAAACCCGACCCGAUCCAAAUUAACCACUCUAGGUUGGCGGACCUAAUCGGAGGAGGGGUAAGUUUUACAGUAAAAUGUUGAAAUCUGGCUGAUUUUAUCUCGGUUAGUUCUUGUGCUGGACAGUGAGGCUAUGGAUCACGAAUCUGGCCAAGGAUUUGACUCGGAUGAUAGUGACCUUGAAAUGCAAGCAGAAAUUAGUGAGAAACACCAGAAAAUAGAUGAAUUUUCAAAAGACCUAGAAUUAUGUGGAAGUGAAGAUGAGAAGUUUGUCGAACUACCUGCAACAGAGAUUCCAACAGAUAUAGAAGCUGUUGAACCAUUCAUAGGCAUGGAGUUCAAUUCAAGAGAGGAAGCGAGAGAAUUCUACAUUGCCUAUGGUAGGCGAAUAGGGUUUACGGUACGAAUACACCACAACCGUCGUUCACGAGUAAAUAACCAAGUUAUUGGUCAAGAUUUUGUCUGCUCAAAAGAAGGCUUUCGUGCAAAAAAGUAUGUACACAGAAAAGAUAGGGUGCUGCCUCCGCCACCAGCCACUCGUGAAGGUUGUCAAGCCAUGAUAAGGCUGGCUUUACGGGAUGGAGGGAAGUGGGUUGUCACCAAAUUUGUAAAGGAGCAUAAUCAUAAGCUAAUGAGUCCCAGUAAAGUUCCAUGGCGAGGAUCUGGGAAGCACUUGGUUAGCGAGGAUGAGAAGGAUAGGAGAAUCCGUGAGCUAUCACUUGAGUUGUACAAUGAAAGGCAAAAGUGCAAACGACGUUGUGCUGCAUAUGAAGAGCAGUUAAAUAUAAUUCUGAAUGAUUUAGAGAAGCACACCGAACAUAUUUCUGAAAAAGUUGCUGCUGUAGUACGAAGUAUUAGAGAGAUUGAGGAGGAAAAAUCAGAUUCAGAUGGUGGGUAAUUAGUGCUAUUAUAGCCUGUUUCCUCAUUGGAGACAUCCUGGUUGAGAUUGUCAAAGCGUCUUCUAGACAUUGAAGGCUAGCAUUAUUCUGUCGGCAUUUAGAUGCGAUUUGCUUGAAGUAGUGUGUUUGAUCAUGUACCGUUCAAGUUAAACUUCAGGCACCAUAUAGUUUACUCGGAAAUUCAUUUUCUGGUGUUCACCAUUUCGUGGA